GCUUUAAAUGGUUCUAAACUGCGGUAGAAAUUUCACAGAAAUGAUAUAUAUGUUAGAUCGAUUGUAAAGCGUGUUACAACUUUAAAUAAAUAUGAUUUAAUUUUGUAUCAAAGGUGGCAACUUGCAUGUUCUCUAACUUUUUGCUUACUAAGUUAUAACGAAAAAUAAAAGUGGCAUCCGAAGUCAAAUUCAAUUUGGUGAUAUAUGUAUAUAUACGCCUGUGUAUAUCUUUGACUUAUGCACAUCGGAUGCAUUUAAGUAUUACUCAAAACAUUGGUACUAUGGAGAGAUUGACAUAGAUAUUUGUGGAGAUCAGGAAACAUUACUACAAGUACUACUUGACGAAGUCCUGUUCAAAGCUAGUUCAAACCAUAAAAUCGAAGUCGUAUACACGUAUAUGUCCUUUGAGCUAACUAAAUUAACCGCUUCGAUAUUGUUAACGGAGAAGAUACCCUUAUUUGCACAUACAGUGGAAAGCAUGUAUCCUGCAAUCUUACUAACUCAUCCAUAUAACUUGUUCAAUUACGAUCUUGGAUAUGCUAGUUCACUUUCAUUAAAGUCAAAGAACAGUAUCAAUCGGCUGUUCUUGUUUGUUUGCAAUAGAACUCAAAACUGUUAUGAACCGAACCCUUCUGAUCCCUAUGUCAAAGAAAUCGAUAAGCAUAAGCAGAGCAAGACAGUAUGUUACAAAGAAAGAUAUGUCAAUCUUUCGAAUCCAGUUGAUGUUAAUGACACAAUCAAACUUGUAAACCGGGAAAGAAAAAGUGUCAUUUUGCAGUUGGCCGGUGAUUACUUGUCGUUGCAUCGAGGCUGGGAAUUAUUUAACGUAACUGGCAAUAAAAUUGCAUACAUUGCAAGUUUAAAGGACGAUGCUGACAAGUAUUGUAAAAUUGCUCACAAAACGUACCCAAACUUUUACAAAUUAACGAACUGUACAGAAUACAAAGAUAAUAUGGAUUUCUAUUAUUCCUAUCAUUUUAUCCAUUAUAUAAAUGAUUUGUUUUGGUGUCUGUACUGGAAUUCCCCAUUACAUUGUGUUAAUAAAUACCACAAAACUAAAAUAAAUGACAUUGGAAAUGAAACUUGUCCUAUUCCUAUAUGUACACAAGGCAAAGAAAUUUAUUAUGGGCCAUAUACUAUAGCAGGAUGGAAAUAUAGUUUUGGAUGGCAUUGCCGGAAAUGUUUAGGUAACAGUGUUAAGGCAACAUCCGGAAAUCACUCAUGUAAAAAGUGUUCAUCGUUAAUGAAAUCAAAUAAAUUUCACACAAGGUGCCAUGACCCAUACACAGACUAUUACAUACGAUAUAAUUCGAAUGAAGGACUGGUUAUUCUAUCUUUUACGUUGUUAUUGGUUUUUAUAAUAAUGUUUUUUCAGUGUUUAUUGUUGAUAAACAGAAAAACACCAAUUGUUUUGGCUUGCGAUCUGCGGUUAACAAGCUUGCAGUUGCUAUCUCAGCUUGUGCUUUUAACGUUAUUACCUGUGUUGUUUAUUGGCAAAACAGGUAACAUUAGUUGUAUGUCAAGACCAAUAGUAAUUGGUUUAUUCUUAAAUCUCUGGACAGCUCUAUCGUUAACAAAGACGCAGAAAUUUUUGCUAAUCUUUCAAGCGUCUGUUAAAUUUACCCACAAAGAAGUGCUUAUCACCAAGGCAUCAGAAAUCUUUGGAAUAUUUGGAUUGUUAGCAAUAUCUGGAGGGUUAGUCAUCGUCUCAAAUUACGUCGAUAAGGCAGAAGCCCAUGUAACGACAUUGGCAGCAAACUUUAUGCGCGAAUAUACUUGCAACACGAAUUGGCACAUCCUACUACAAUUUGCAUACAUGGCAGUAUUGCAAAUUGUAUGUGGUAUACAAGCAUAUAGAGCUAGGAAACUUCCAGAAAGUUUUAAAGAGACUGCAUUUUUAACAUUGGCAUCGUUUGUAUCAACAUUAAUAAUUGCAGUUUUAUCUCUUAUUUACUUCAGUCAACCUUCACCGUUUUGGCAAUCAUAUACAAUAGUUUUGGUGACACUGUUAAUUUUACUAGUCAAUGUUGUUUGCCUAUAUGGAUACAAAGCAUUUUUGAUCUUACUCCGACCAGAUAUGAAUGUGAAGUCUGUUGUAAUAAAUCAGAUUCGAAUGAAAAUGACAAAAAGAUCCGAAGAACUUUUUAUCGUCUUAAAAUAAUCAAAAAUAAAAAAAUUGUCAGACCCAUUUCUCAAUUAUUAGUGUUGUUGUUAAGGAAAAAAGAGAAGAACCUAUAAAA